AUCAACAAAAGUUGUUUUGGUGUGACGUAAAUUAACUAUAAAACUAUUUAACAUUUAUUAACAAUUGUAAUAAGUUCCUGCAAUGUCUUAUGACCUAGAGCUACUCAAUUCAGGUGUAUAUAGUUACGAUUACUUUCAACAAGACGACGUAUGUCGAUUUUGUUUUAGUCGUAACGCUUUCACGGAAAUCAUAGAAUUAUCUUCGGAAAAUAACUUUAACACGAUAAAAACAGAUUUAGUCGAAAAGAUUUUAGACUGUUUAAAUAUAGACUUAUCUCACUGCAUCCAUCCAAAUAAAGCUUGCGACGAGUGUUGUAAACAAAUAAACAAAUUUCACUUCUUCAAAAAGUUCUGCCAAGAGACUGAUAGGAAGUUGCGUGAAAUAUUAAACAACAACAAAUCAGAUAAAUGCGAAAAUAUUAAACUAGAAAAGGAUAAUGGAGAAAUUGAAAAUGAUUCCCUACAUGAUUUAUACGAUGAUCUCAAUUCGGACGACUGUGAAAGUAAACAUGCGAAUAAAGCGAAAAUUAAAGUGUGGAAAUAUAAACCGAAACGGACCCCGACUUACUGUAACAUGUGCAUGGUAGACUGUGAAAACGCGGACGAAUUUAAAAGUCAUAAUUUUAAGUACCACGGUAUAGACAACGACGGGUCAUAUAAAUGUUUCGGUUGCGAGAAGAAAUUCAAAAAUAGAAAGUCGAGAUCUUCGCACGAAAUACACUUCUGUAAAGGACUUAAAGAUGGAUACAAGUGUAAUAUAUGUAACAGAUAUUUACCGAAACGUGGGAUGUUUGAGGCGCACAUGCGUGAUCAUAGAGAGAACGUCCCGAUACAGUUGCCGGAGGAAAUAUUUUACUGUCAGAAAUGUGACAAAUUAUUCAAGACGAUGGAGAAUUUAAAAGGGCACAUAGAACUAGAACAUGAUACAGAUAAAAAACAAUAUGUCUGCGAAAGCUGCGGCCGAGUGUUCAACAGGAAAGAUUAUCUGAAUAAGCACAAGCUUACACACACAGGGGAGAAGCUGCAUGUUUGCCCGCACUGCGGUUUCCGCGCCAGGCAGCGCUCUUCCCUUACUGUGCAUAUCCGAAAACACACAGGCGAGCGGCCCUACAGGUGCAACGUGUGUCCGCAGCGCUGUGUCUCCAGCUCAAACCUGAGAGCCCACCAGAAAAGACAUUUGGGGCUUAAAGUUCACGAGUGUAACAUAUGCAACAAGAAGUUCGGUUACAAGGUGAGCCUGCACGAGCACAUGUCGACGCACGCGCCCGCACAGACGCACGCGUGCGCGCAGUGCGGCGCCGCCUACGCGCACGCGCGCGGCCUGCGCAGACACGUGCGCGCCAAGCACGGCGCCGCAGACACCUAGCCUAUACGUUAUAUAAAUAUUAUAAACAC